UGGGGGAGAAGGGCGUCUGUUUCUAGGCAGCCCCUUGGCCUUCGCCUGAGCCCUACCCACGCAUGGUUAACCAGAGAUAAGCAGCCCGGCUUCCUGAACCCUGGCUCCACAGGCUGCAUUCACAAGGCUAAAAUGAACGGGGCGAUGCUGUAACCGAAUGCCUGGGUCCUGGGAACCUCCUUUGUUUUUGCUCCCGUUGUGCCAGAUGGAAUCCUGCUGCUGACGACGUGGGAGCACCCUGCCCCACCUUCUGAGCACUGUGUGGCCAGUGUCACAGUGGCCCCUCCCCCCAAAACCCUCCUCCCUGCCUGGAAUGCUGUAUGUGCCUUGCUCUUCCUCUUGCAGGACAGCGCCCAGUGGCAUUGGGGCUACAAAUUAAAGCAGACUCAAGGAGGAGCUGCUGGUUGAUGUUACCCUGGUGGCGAUGAAGAGGCCUUGUGUACAGGGAAGACAGGGAACAGCACCCAGCCAAGACCCAUAAGCCACUGUUGUACUUCAGCACAGGGUUUCGCCUUCUGUCGGCAACCAAGAGCAACCGUGGUGCUGAUCUUCACACUGGGACAGCAUGUCGGGCCCGGUACCAAGUCGAGCGAGAGUCUACACAGACGUCAACACGCAGAGGCCCCGUGAAUAUUGGGACUAUGAGUCACAUGUUGUGGAAUGGGGUAACCAAGAUGACUACCAACUUGUGCGGAAACUCGGUCGUGGCAAAUACAGUGAAGUCUUUGAAGCCAUCAACAUCACUAACAAUGAGAAAGUUGUGGUGAAAAUCCUUAAGCCAGUAAAAAAGAAGAAAAUAAAGCGUGAGAUUAAGAUCCUGGAAAAUCUCCGAGGAGGGCCUAAUAUCAUCAACCUUCUAGACAUAGUUAAGGACCCUGUGUCUCGGACACCCGCCCUGGUGUUUGAACAUGUCAACAACACAGACUUUAAGCAACUGUAUCAGACACUUUCAGAUUUUGAUAUUCGAUUCUACAUGUAUGAAAUCUUGAAGGUAAGAGCUAGUGGGUCCCUCAGCGACAAGUCUCCUCCUUGGCUAGAUGGGAGACUGAGGGUUGGGGAGGCAGCUUACCUACCUUUCCCCUUUGGGAGGGGCCCAAAUCCUUGGUCUCUACGCCAGGCGUACAAGACUGACUGGGGAAGAGCCAGGAGGGGUGGAUUUGCCACGGUAUUUUCCGCGCCUGGUCGUGCAGCCGCGAAGAGGCCUAGACCUCGGUGCAGGAGAACCAAAGACUCUUGUGGUCCAGGUUCCAUCCUUGGCCAUGCCAGCUAGGUAGCAAGGGACCUGGAGGACGCUUUGAAGAGCCGCUGUGGUGAGAUGAUAUGGUAGCUGGCAGAUAGUAUAAGCCAGCCUGGUAUGCUUGCCACAGCUGACCAGUGUUUGCGCCACGUGCUUAACUGGGACAAAGGGGCACGUCAGGGCAUGUGUGAAAGCUAAACCCGGUCAGCCUGGCGGUUAAGUAAAUUAAUUUUAGCCGUAAUGGCUCAGGGUUCUUUUGGGCUAACUUCCCCUGGUCAGCCGUGUGAUUUGGCAACGAUGGAGCUACUCUAGAAGCUGGAUUUUCCUUCUCUCCUCUCUCUCACACACACACAAAUGCACG